AUGAAUCGAUUCUACAAGCUGAGUAGCCUAUUCAUCUCAAUCCUCUCCUUUCUAACAUAUCGUUCUUUGGCUUUAGAUCAUUAUUAUAAAGACUGUACGCCUAGAGUAUGUGGAAGCAUUUCCAUCUCUUACCCUUUCUACAUUUCAGGCCUACAGAAACCCAUCUGUGGCCAACAGGGUUUCGAAGUCACUUGUAAUAGCAAAACUCAUCUAAUCAUUAAUCUCUCCAAUGAUACAUAUGCUAUUCAAGGAAUUUUUUAUGAAUUUCAAUCCAUGCAUAUUCUGAACACUGCCUUCAUCGAUGCUACUUUCAAUUGCACUCUCGGUCUUCAUAGCUUCACCUUGGAUGAGAAUAGAUUCAAGUUUGCUUGUACACAUAGUGAGGUAUUCUUGCUGCAAGAUUGCAACAAUAAAGUUAAAAACAGCAUAGGAGAAUAUAAGGAGGAGUCAUGCAUCUUUAAUAAUAAAAGUAGGGGCAAUCUUAUUGGCAUAUAUGCACAAGGUAGAAAUUUGAGUCAAUUUGCUGGCAAAUGCAAAAAAGUAGUUUCAGUGCCAUAUGAAGGAAAGAAUGUAACUGAUAUUGACGGUGCUUUAAGGAUGGGGGUUCAGCUGAAAUGGAAUGCUACUAAUUGUAGAGAGUGUGCUAAAAGCGGAGGUAGAUGUGGAUAUCAUAAUGAAACUAGUUUACAGAUGCAGUGUUUCUGUCCUUAUGGUGUUCAUUCUCUGAUUCUCAUAGAUGUCCGAUUUACUGAAGAUAUUGGUCACCCAUAA